AUGGCGAUUGCACGAACACCGUACAGCUGUCUUGCAAAUUCGUGCUUGCCGUGCUGUGGACAGGACAAGAAAGUGACCUGUCCAGGUUUACACAGCGUUGACCUUGACCUAGAGUCAGACAGCCCUGACAUUGUUAACUCGUUUCUGUGUCGACAUCCGGCUGUUAAGGAAAUUUCCUUAAGAGGUCUGUUAACAGAUAUCCUCCGUGUGAUACACACACUUUCAAAUUUGUCAACUAUAAAUUUGAAGAAACUUUGUCUUCUCUGCACGGACGAAGAUGAAUGUGAAGACAAACGUUUUGAUGAAUUGACGGACUUUGUUUUACAUAAUCAACAUAUGGAGACACUUGUUGUGCACUGUGAUGGUAUAUCAGACGACGUUAUAAAGGUCCUAUUGUCUUUCAAUGAUAUUGUUUUAAAGUAUUUAUCAUUGAAUAACUGUUCUCGCAUUACAAAGGGCGCCUUUUCAGGAAUAGACAGACUGACAUCUCUCGUUUCUCUCUCACUUGACAACACAAAUGCAGACGAUAUCGCUCUUGAUCAGAUCGCGAGGAACUGCCCAAGGCUUCAGCGUCUGUCUGUACAAGGUUGUGCAUUAGUCACUGAUGUAGGUUUCGCUCAUGUCGCCGACCAUUGUGGUGAGCUGCGGGACCUGAUCGUCAAUAGUCUAGAAAUGCACAGUACACCAGGACGGAACAUAACUGACAACGGUCUAAUGUCGUUAGCACGUGGAUGUCCACGACUUAAGUGUCUCGUUAUCAAUAAAUGUCCAGGAGUUGGUAGCACAGGUCUCAUUGAAAUUGCUGAACAAUGUCGAGACCUGGAGGAAAUCCAGGUCGCCGAAUGUUUGUCUGUAACAGACGCAAGCGUUAUUGCUUUUGCUAAGAAUUGCUUAUCCCUGAGGAUAGUGAAUUUAAAUUCAUGUUUACAGAUCACAUCCGAGGCUGUUAACAAGCUUGUUGUCACUUGUAAACACUUGUAUUCACUCCAACUAGAAACAUGUCGGUUCAUGUCGAAACUGAAAUUUGAUGACAUCGUAACAAACACGGAUAAUUCCGGAUUUGAUCAAUCUCCUGUUGUAAACGUGAAUAACGACAUUGGUACAGAUGACAAGAAAGGAGUACAUGACAAUUUAGGAACACCCUUCCAGUCGUUUUCAGAUGUACCAGCCUUACAGAAAGAUUCUUUGAUGAAACAAAACGAUGCGAUUGAAACAGCGUUUGAUUUUCAAGAUCCAAGAAACGCAGUGAGUUCUGAUUACGGCGACACGUGCAUCCGAUAUGAAGCUUAUAAUAAUGUCACGCCUUCCAUUUUUGUUACGAGGAAAAGAGAAAUGAUGAUACCGACAGAUUCUAAACAACAACUGAAAAAAGAAAACAUUUUAAGCCAAAACGUACCAGAACCGCAAAUUACAUUAGACACACAAAAAUCCGAUACAUGUUCCAACCAACAUAAACUAUUGCAAAUUAGUGUGCCAGAUUUUGAUUCAGUUUCUUCGCAACAUUCUCAUUUACGUGUGUUACACUUGGGAUUUUCGUCUUCCCUAACUGAUACCAGUUUGAGACAAAUCGGACGUCAUUGUCCCGAUCUCGUGGAUUUAUCAAUCAGGGGAUGCCACUCUCUCUCGGACUCUUCCGUCAGAUUCCUCCUUCAGAAAUGUCGUCACUUACGGACGCUUGAUAUUUCUGGCGGGUCAGCAGUAAAAGCGACAAAUCUCACAGACUCUUGUCUGCUGGCGGUAGCAGAGUUCAGCACGAUGAUUAAGAAACUUUUCAUAAUGAAGAAUGAUUUGAUAACUGCAGACGCAGUUAAAAUUGUCCUACAAAAAUGUCGACAUAUCGACACGCUAUAUGUUUCUUGUAGCAAGAAUUCAGCUAUCACGCCCGAUAACACGCGUGCUAUGGUGAGAACGACAACCCGCAGAGUUAGUGUAACAAUGGAAAACCACUUCAGCACCAAAAGUGCUUUAGUCUUUAAAUGUUUGGAAUGA